AUGCUGUCUCGCAAGAAGUGCUCCACGAGCAAGGGUGCGAGGAAGUCAUGUCAAGCCCCCUCGACGGCUUUUUCCGAGUUCAAUGGAAGCGUCACGUUUGACAUGAAGGGCAACGAGGUUUUCGAGAUUAUGAUUUUUCAAUUUCAGUUUGUCAUAAAGUGCGUUAGAUAUUCUCAAUAAUCUGAGGUAGAAACAUGACAUUGGUUUUUGAAGGUCUGUUUUUGAGAUAUUCUUCUUAUUCAUUUUUCAUAUACAUAAAGCUGAUUCACGGGUGGCUUGAGCCAUCAAAAAAAAGGAUCCUGACACGAUAAUAAAAGAUACAGUGCCGGGUUAGUGCAGAGUGCAGACAUGCCACGUCCACUCAACGUCCAUAGGCAAAAUCGGAUAGGGUCGAAAAAGGCUCCAUCCAUAUGUUCAGAGUAAAGACAUUCAUUGAGCCUUGAAAAUCCCAGAAAAAAAAAAUGGAAGGGUCUAUAAAGAGCCUCUCUUUGCUACCUUUCUGUGGCCUUUCAGGAAAAAAAAAAGUUGAUUUCAAUGUUUUUGUAGUGCGUCAACAUCCCAGCAAAUGGUAAAUACAGCCCUCUCUCCACGAAUUACUCACUCAUGUCCGACAAAUGCAAUAAUGGGUGAAUUCGUUUGUCUUUGAAUAUUUGCUAAUAAAUUUUUGAUAAUUCCAGAAAGUUUCUGGAUGAGAUUGCGUUGCUCAAGCGUGGAAAAAUUGACCGCGAGGCUCCUCUUCACCCCUACAACAGGAGUCGUCAGAAGUUUGUGUAAAAGAAUUUUUUCCCAAACUUUUUCGAAUGUCGUAUCUGAAAAGAGUGUUUGGUUCAUUUAAAAUGAUCUUUCACAGACCUCUGACCAAAUACUGUUCUUCGAAAUCGACAACAUCGGACAGCGAUGUGGCAAUCACAGAGACUAGCAGGUAAUCAAUGAAAAAAAUGAACUUUAAAAAAAAUUAUUUAAGAAAUGUUUCGGCGAAAUAGAAAUGAUCUUUGGCUUUUCAAAAUUAUUGUUGUAUUUCUCACCCUAUGACGGUUAUUUUCAGUCCGUUGAAAUUACUUUGAACGUCUCUUUUCUGUGAUAUUUCUUCAUAUUAUUUCUUUUUGGUUUUUAAGGAGUCCUUAUUUUUCACUUUUUCAUCAUUUGCGGACAAUUUCAGUGAUUCUGCUGUUCUUUCGUCAAAGGUCAGCUCAGCUUCGACAGUUUCCAGCAAGAUGUCGGUGAACGAUGUUCGCACUCUGAUGGUUGGUUGUUAUUUUUGCAAAAGAAAAAAAAUUUGGGCACACAAAUCGCGAAAGAGUAUCGUGUUUAUACCUGAGACAAAUCGAAGAGUCAAGUAAACGAAAUUUCUCAGAGAAAUUUGAGCCAAACACAAUGGAAUUGAGGUAUACUGAACCUCCGAUAUGGCUCAAAUAAAGCUGAAAAAUGUAGUGAAGUCGUAUACAAUAAAGUUAUUUUCAUACGGCCUCAGUAAACCUUUCAGCUCUAUCUGAGCCAUGUCGGAGGCCCCCGGAGGCCUAUUUCAAUUCCAUCGUGUUUUGCAUACGGCCUCUGGAGGUCGCACGGUUGACAUAUUGUCUGGUCAAAUUUUGAAUUUCAAGCGACUCACUCGGCCUCCAAAGCUUCAAUAAUUUUCGUGUCGAUUAAUUAUCAUGAUUCUUUAUUAGCACCGCCUUAAAUUCGGUGCUUUUAAAGCUCAUCGUCGCGCUAAUCGUUAUAAAAAGAUAGUGUGCCAGCGAAGAACCUAGAAAGUUGCCUAUAUCUCAUCGGGCCGCAGGCGAUAUAGCCAAUUCUUCUUGCUGCGAAGUCUGCAACCUCGUCAAAGUCUCGCUGCCAUAUCGCUCCCACAUAAGAGUUUUUAAAUUUUCUUUUACAUGAGAAAAAUUCAUCAAGGAAAAUUUUUAAAAAGGCGAUAUAGCGUAACACGUUUGCGAGGUUCCCGCGAUAUAGCGUUACUCUCGCUGCGAUAUAGUUCAUAGUAUUUGGUGGGUUCAAGUCAGCCUCUUGAAAUUCAAAAUUUGAACAGACUAUGUUAUUAAAUACGCACGAGAUUCUUUUAGACGCAUUAUAGUAUAUCCGAAUUCGCUUUUUGAGAAAAUAAGAUGGAAGAUUAAUGCACUAUUUAUGACACUCUUUUCGCAUAUUUCACUAAUUUUUUCUCAAAAAAAUUCAGGAGCCCGUUGGGAACUCAACGACUUAUAAGAUUGGCAAUCCACCACAAAAAGCAACGCUCGAGUAUUCUGACGUGGUUGGGGGAGGGUACAGGUGAGAAUUCGCUCAGUUUCGGAGAUAGAAACUCUUUUGACAUAUAAUAAUUCACUAAAUAGAAACCACCUUACGUAUAUUCCAAUUUAGAUAUGAGUUGACGCAGGAAGAUCGUGUCUGCUUAUUCCAAACUUCGCCGCGCAACUUGGUUCUCAUUUCCUACAUUCAAUGA